GAUUGCGCAACCUGCACUGAGCCGGGAAAUGACUCAUUUCCAGCUGAGUGCUUCUUUAAUAAAAGGAGAGACUCUCCUCCUCAGCGCUAUAUUCAAACAGCAGAGCGAGAAGGCUGAACAAGAAAAAGAAAAGGAGAGAAAGAACUACAUAGAAGAACAAUUCAACAGAAUAAAAAGAUCCUUCUUCACUUUUACCUUCAGGCUUCAUCAGACAGCUUUCUCAAAGACUUUCCAAAUCUUUAUUGUUAAUUGUUGCAGAAUUUAUAAAAGGAAAAAUGAUGAGCAGCAGAGUCAUUGUCACCUCUAUUGUGGUGCUCCUCGCCUUCCUGUCCGCCAGUGAAGGGAUGAGUCUGAGAAGUCUGGGAGUGGAGCUGCACUGCCGCUGCAUCGAGACAGAAAGCAAACGCAUCGGCCGUCACAUCGAGAGGGUUGAGCUGAUUCCUGCCAACUCCCACUGUGAAGACACUGAGAUCAUUGCCACUCUGAAGAAGACAGGUCAAGAGGUUUGCCUGGACCCCAACGCUCCCUGGGUGAAGAAAGUGAUUAACCACAUCAUUGCCAAUAAAAAACGCUAAACCGACUGGAAGAGAUGGGCCAAUGGCGCUUAAAGACAAAUGAGAAGUUACCAAAAAGUAUUUUUUGCCCUCAGUUACCUCCUUUCAACUGAUCAGGUGUUCAAUUAUGUAAUGAAGGUCACUUCGUUACUAUGGACUGACAGCUUUGGGCCCUUGUAAUAUUGCACAUGUGGGUUUGCACUUUAUGCACUCUUGUGGUCGAUUCUUUCACUGGAAAUCCAGCCACUAAAGGGUCGCUGUCUCACAAAUGACCACAGAAUUUAGCCACUAAGCGUAUGUUUGUAUCAAACAUGUUAUUUAUUAAUCAGUGUGGGAUUGUUUGAUUGAGACUUGGCUGCUCCUCACUGCAAAACUGCAGAACUGUUGUUUUGUAUAUAACUUAUAUUAUUGCAAAUAUUGAUAUAUUUAUGGAAUGUUAUUUCAUUUUCAUGAAGCUGUGUAGCUCUGCUAACAACCAAUUGAUAAUUAAAUAUUUUGUACCUGAAA